AUGAGUAGAGAAAGCUCAAGUUCGAGGUCCUGGCCUGAUCAACAUGUUGAAUCUCAAGAUCCAUAUGCAAGUCCAGAAGACCCACCGUUGCACGCAGUAAAUGUCGCCCUCAGAUGGAAUGAAUCAAAAGCCACAAUAUGGAAGGUGACAGCGACUUUCUGGUGCGCGUUCGUGAUGGGAUCGAAUGAUGCGGCUUAUGGAGCCAUCAUCCCUUAUCUCGAGACAUACUAUCGCAAAAGCUAUACAAUCAUCUCUUUGGUAUUCCUUUCGCCGUUCUUCGGCUAUGCCCUAUCUGCAAUGAUCAAUAAUAUGAUCCACCAGCGUUUUGGAAGGCGAGGGAUUACCAUUAUUGCGCCGAGCUGUCACCUGAUAGCUUUUGCCGUGAUAUCGGUUCAUCCGCCAUUCCCUGUGUUGGUGGUUUCGUAUGUGCUUGUUGGAUUGGGCAGUGGAUUCCAUAAUGCCGCUUGGAAUGUCUGGAUUGGAAACAUGGCGAAUUCGCAUGAAGUGCUGGGGUUCUUUCAUGGGUUUUAUGGCAUCGGCGCUACAGUUAGUCCUCUUGUCGCUACGAGUUUGAUCACAAAGGCAGGGUGGCAGUGGUACUCUUACUACUAUUUGAUGACCGGAGCAGCUGCUAUAGCACUGGUAUAUGCUGCCAGUGCCUUCUGGGCAGAAACCGGCGCAAAAUAUCAAUUAGAGCAUCCAAGUAUCCCUGGUCGAGAUGGAGGAGCAUUGUCACAAACGGGAGAAUCCCUCACGUACAAGGUUACCUGGAUUUGCGCCGUAUUCCUCUUCCUCUAUGGCGGAAUCGAGGUAGCAAUCGGAGGCUGGAUUGUCGUGUUCAUGACCGAUGUCCGCCACGGUGGUGCCUUUGAAUCUGGAAUGGCAGAAACUGGCUUCUGGCUCGGUAUCACCAUGGGUCGAUUCGUACUAGGCUUUGUCUCCCCACGAAUCGGAGAAAAGUUGUCGAUUGCGAUAUAUCUCCUGCUGGCCAUCACCCUUGAGCUUGUAUUCUGGCUUGUGCCCGAAUUCAUUGUGUCGGCUGUUGCAGUGGCACUGGUUGGAUUCUUCAUGGGGACGAUCUUUCCUGGAGUUGUGAUUGUGAUGACUCGUUUGCUUCCGAGAAAUCUUCAUGUUGCGGCGAUUGGGUUUGCGGCGGCUUUCUCUAUGGGUGGUGGUGCUGUGUUCCCCUUCAUGAUUGGUGCUAUUGCUCAGGCUAAAGGUGUUGUUGUGUUGCAGCCUAUUCUGCUUGCGAUGCUGGCUGUGUCUUUGGGCAUUUGGGCAAUGCUUUUCCGGAUUCCUCGUGAGAUCUCUCACCAAGUCUGA